CCUGUGAGUAACUUUGCUACGCUCGUACCUCGCUGCGCAAAUUAGUUUCAGACUUGGGCGUACCUUAUAAAAUCCAGUUCAUAUUCCUUCUAUAACAAACCAGAUCUGGCAUUAUGCCUCGCGCUAUCUAUCUUGUCGUGUUUAAGUCUCCACUCUUUCCCGCCCAUUGGGGCUUAUGGAUUCCAUCAGCAGCUGACCCAAAUAUUGGAAAACGCAUUCACGCCUCUGGAGAUGCAGCAACUGGAUUUCAAAUUUUCUUUGAACGCAAUUACGAUCUUGUAGCUACUAGGCGUCGUUAUCAAGUUCUGCCGCUAGCUCAAGUCCUUGACCAGCACGUGGUGGAUGUUGAAGGAGAUGGUAGUCAAUGGUCUGACACAACUGCACAUGACUAUAUUGAGCAAGUUGCGCUCAGCGUUCCUGCACCAGCCCGAAGUCUGAUCUCAGCUAGCUCUCAGGGACCAAAGCAGCGAGUAGCAAUUCAGAAUUGCCAAACAUGGCUACGAGAAUUCGUUGCUGCACUUGUGCAGAAAGGGUUAAUGGAUCAAUCAGCUUUGCAGAUUCUUGAUGGAGCACCUAAAAACUAAGAGAAGAUCCGUCAAAUCGUCUUUUGGUGAUAGGCUGUCAAUGCCACAAGGUUACAGCAUCGUGGAAUUUAGAAGGAGAUUGUUCUAUCUCUGAAAUGUAUAUAGUCAGAGUUUUGCUGUUGUAAAGGGUCACAAUAAGCCAACUCAUCGUUGUCAAGCCUAAAUGCACUGUCUAUACAAGAAAUUAGAUCCUGUU